GUGGUGUGCAUGCAAACGAUGCUAUUCGAGCUGGAGCUGACGCGUUGGCGCGCUCGAUGCGCAGGCGACGCGAGGCGCGGCUCGCAGGGCGCUCGCUCCGUGCUGCUGAAAGGACCCAUCUACCUGCUGGAAGAGAUUGACGCGCUCAUCUUCUUGUGUAGCCCUAUUUUCAACGACCUAGAAGAGUUGCGCCAAGCUGGCCUCUACCUAGCCGACAUGAACGGUCACGGGCUUUCAAAGGAGAUGCUGCUCCAAGGCUGGCAGCACCUGUCCAGGCUCGAGCUGCUCUUCGAGAAGGCCGAGAGCCGUUGCAUGUCGCUGGAGAAGUCUUGCCGGCUGCGCGACCAAUGGAAGAAGAGGGGCGACCAGCUUUUGUACUCAAUGAUACCGAAGCCAAUUGCUGAUCACUUGAGAGCGGGGAAAGAUCCCAUGGCUGCCUGUCAGGCGUUCGACAGCGUCACGAUAAUGUUCUGCGGCGUGCAGCUAUCAGAGGCAGGCUCCCGCGCUGACGUCAUGCAGACCGUGGCCUACAUGAAUGACCUGUACUCCCGGAUCGACCGGCUGCUGGACACACAUCGAGUCUACAAGGUAGAGACAGUGGGCACGGUUUACAUGCUGGUAUCGGGCGUGCCGGAGCGUCGCCGCGCACACGCCGCCGUAGCCGCCAGCGCUGCGCUCGCCAUCGCGCGCGCCCUACCUAUGCUCACUAUAGGUGUCCAUUCUGGCCCAUGCGUGGCUGGGGUACUUGGAUUACGGCUGCCAAGAUAUUGUCUUGUAGGUGAUUCCGUCAACACCGCCAGUCGCAUGCAGACUACUUCAGAGCCGGGACGUAUCCAAGUAUCAGCGAAAACUGCAGCUCAGCUACCGGCUGGAAGGUUCAGACUGAGACGCCGCGGGCUUAUCAAAGUUAAGGGCAAAGGUAUGAUGGAAACCUUUUGGCUCGAGGGUGAAGUGGAGGAAGAAGAGCAAGAUGAGGCGUUGCAACUGUUUUCUGCGCUCUGUGGAGAUGCUUGAGAAGCCAUAGAGAUUUGAUAAAGCUCCAUCUUCUUAUUUAUCUAUUUAUUUUCAACAUAGGAUGAAAACUAUUUUUAGACUAGCUAUUUUAAAUUAUGAAUGUUAAUAAAAGGUGUAGAAUACAAAAAAAAACAUACUACUUUCUUAAUCGUAAUUUAAUAUCAACAGACGAAUUAAAUUCGUUUUUUUUUCAUAAAUAUUUUGAUUGUUGUCUAUAAUAUAGGGUACAAUUUUAAUAUUCAUGUUUUUGUGUUUUAAUAUAGCUAUAAUAAAAUUACAAUCUUUAAUGCCAUAAUGUAAAUAAUGUACGAUUACAAAUCCUAGUAAGUAUAACGUCGUAUUAUAGCAGGUAUACCAGAUAUUUGUGAAAAUAUUAGGUUUACGCUCAAUAUUGACGCCAAUAAUGUUACAAUGCCAGUAGAAAAUGUAAAACCGUUAAUGGCAAUAGCUUCAUUACAUGUUAUAGGUACGAAAAUAUCAUGAAAUCGAAAAUAUAACGAUCGUUACAUUGUCUAGAGGCCUAAUUAAUAUUU